AUGGCUUCCUUCGCAAGGGCCCUACCUCGCCGUAUAGGCCAAUCAGCAGCUCUUAUACGAGCUUCAUCUUCUUUGAGCUCUCGGCUACGACCCUUGGCUCCUUUGGCAUGUAAUCGCUGUGUGUAUAAGGCCGUAACCGCAGUCACACAGAGAAGGUUAUUCUCGACCGACGAAGCAGCUGAGGAGCCAAAAUCUAAUGAUCCAUUGGACGCAUUAUAUCCAUUGGACACUUUCCCCCGCCGCCACAUCGGCCCUGAUGAGGCCGAUACAGUCGAAAUGCUGAAGGCCCUAUCUCCUCCUGCUGAGAACUUGAAUGACUUCAUUGGACAAGUCAUCCCACCUGAUAUAUUCUCUCAGAAGCGAAUCCAGUUCCCCGCCAAAGCUGAAUCUUACUUGAAAAAUCUGCUCAAGGGGCACCAGAAUGAUAUCGUCAUAAAGAAGAGCUUUAUCGGUCAAGGAUACUAUGGAACUCAUACUCCGACCGUCAUCCUGCGGAAUGUUCUUGAGAACCCAGCCUGGUAUACGAGCUACACCCCCUACCAGCCGGAAAUCAGCCAGGGUCGAUUAGAAUCGUUGCUUAACUUUCAGACCAUGGUCACCGACCUUACGUCCCUCCCCAUUGCUAAUGCUAGCCUUCUGGACGAAGGUACAGCUGCCGCAGAAGCUAUGACCCUUUCUAUGAAUGCACUGUCGACUUCAAACGCUGAGAGACAAAGAAAGACUUUUGUCGUCUCUAAAUCACUCCACCCGCAGACUAUCUCCGUCCUGCGUGGACGUGCUGAUGGCUUUGGUAUUCAACUUCUGGAAGUAGAUCUAUCGACGGAUGCAAGUCGUGCCAAGCUCGAGGAGCUUGGUGAAGACUUGCUUGGUGUUAUGGUCCAGUAUCCCGAUACUUAUGGCCAGGUCGACAAUUUCGAGCCCCUAGCCGAUUUGGUGCAUAAACAGGGUGGUCUUCUCAGUGUUGCCACGGAUCUUUUAGCUCUAACUAUGCUCAAGCCUCCUGGGGAAUGGGGAGCGGACAUUGCAUUUGGAAGCGCCCAAAGAUUCGGCGUACCGAUGGGGUACGGAGGCCCACAUGCUGCCUUCUUUGCCGUCAAGGAGAAGUACAAGAGAAAGAUGCCUGGUCGACUAGUUGGACUUUCUAAGGAUCGAUUAGGUGAUAAGGCGUACCGACUAGCUCUACAAACCCGAGAACAACAUAUUCGAAGAGAGAAAGCGACUAGUAAUGUGUGUACAUCCCAGGCAUUGUUGGCUAAUAUGAGCGCUUUCUAUGCAAUUUACCAUGGCCCCGAAGGACUGAAGGCAAUUGCUGAACAAGUCAUUCUUGGGACAAAGAUUGUUAAGGCCAUCGCUGAAGUGAAUGGUUUUGUUGUCGAGGAAAGCAGAAAUGGCAUUCUAUUCGACACGGUCACCAUUGACGCUGGAGAUGAAAAGAGACGGGAGACCCUAUUGGGGCGGGCCUAUAGGUACGGGUUGGAGUUUCGCGCAAUCGGCUCUCAGCGAAUUGGUAUCUCAGUCGACGAGACAACAGGUUUUGGGGACUUUGUUAAUCUCUUCCAAGCGAUUCAGGACACUUCCCCAAGAUAUUCUUUCAACGCUUUAAAGGAGAUCGUGAAGGGGCUGCUAAAAAGCCAUGCUGGUUCGUUAGAUAUUCCCGAAGCUUUCCGACGAACCUCUAGCUUCCUAACACAUCCCGUCUUCAACACACACCAUUCCGAAACAGAACUGCUACGAUACAUUUACCAUUUGCAGUCUAAGGAUCUAUCCCUCGUUCACUCCAUGAUCCCACUUGGUUCAUGCACCAUGAAACUCAAUGGGACCACGGAAAUGUCGCUCAUUACUGUACCUAAAUUCAGCCAACUACACCCUUAUACCGCGCAUCAGUUCGCUAUAGGUAUUAAAACAAUCCUACAAUCGUUGGUGUUUCAACUGCGCAUGCUCACUGGAAUGGACGCUGUCUCUCUUCAACCCAACUCUGGAGCCCAAGGUGAAUUCGCUGGUCUACGUGUCAUUAGGGAGUUCCAUAAACAGAAUGGCGAUGAAUCAAAGAAACGAGAUAUAUGUCUCAUUCCUGUUUCUGCCCAUGGUACAAACCCUGCAUCUGCGGCAAUGGCCGGCAUGCGAGUAGUGCCGAUCAAAUGCGAUACAGUUACCGGCAACCUCGACUUGGAAGAUCUAGAGGCAAAGUGUAAGAAGCAUCAAGAUGAGCUCGGAGCUAUCAUGGUUACUUACCCUAGCACGUUUGGUGUAUUCGAGCCUGAGAUCAAAAAAGUAUGCCAGAUCGUUCAUGAUCACGGCGGAUUAGUCUACAUGGACGGCGCAAACAUGAAUGCGCAAAUUGGACUUUGUUCCCCUGGAGAGAUCGGAGCUGAUGUUUGUCAUCUAAAUCUCCACAAGACUUUCUGCAUCCCCCACGGUGGAGGUGGACCCGGUGUAGGUCCUAUUUGUGUCAAGAGGCAUCUUAGACGUUUCCUACCCGGUAAUCCAAUAUCCCAGGAAACGAAGGCCACAGCAGCUACCAACGCAGUGAGCAGUGCAGAAUUUGGUAGCGCCAGUAUCAGCCUCAUCAGUUGGGCGUAUAACAGCCUCAUGGGAUCGGAGGGUCUCAUUCGUGCUACCAAGAUCACCCUUCUCAAUGCUAACUACAUGCUCUCCCGCCUCAAGGAUCACUAUGAGAUUCUGUAUGUGAAUGAGCACGGGCGUUGUGCGCAUGAAUUUAUUCUUGACGCUCGUCCUUUCCAUAAGACCGCCGGUAUAGAGGCUAUCGACAUUGCCAAGCGUCUACAGGACUACGGAUUCCACGCACCAACAAUGAGCUGGCCUGUCGCUAACACGUUGAUGAUUGAACCGACAGAGAGUGAGAGCAAGGAGGAACUCGACCGUUAUAUCGACGCUCUCAUUAGCAUCCGUGGGGAGAUUCGCGAGAUCGAAGAAGGCAAGGUCCCACGUGAGGGUAAUGUCCUCAAGAUGUCGCCGCACACGAUGCAAGACCUAGUCGCGGGCGAUGGUGACGCGGGCGGCAAGUGGGAGAGAGUCUAUUCACGCGAGAAGGCCGCAUACCCACUCCCGUGGCUCAAGGAGAAGAAAUUCUGGCCCACCGUCACGAGGAUAGAUGACGUAUACGGCGAUCUCAACCUCUUCUGUACAUGUCCACCGGUCGAGGACACUACAGGCUCCUAA